GGGCGCAGCUCCAGAGCGGGCGCGGGGAGGGUGCCAAGCGGCCGCCGCCGCCUCCACCAACCAGUCCCGCUGCGCUCCGCCGGGGUCCCAGCGCCCGCGGCCCCGCGUUUCCCUGCAGGGCCCGGCGCGGGCGCCUGUUCGUCCUCCCCGCCCGCGCCGGGAGAGCAAGUUUGCCCGCCUGGCGGGCGGCAGGCACGGGGCCACGGGACCCGGGCUUGGCCAGGAUGCGGGGUAAAUUAGGCUGGGGAGCCGAGGCUUGUGGCCCGGGUCUGCAGUAGGGACCGGAGUGACCCGGCUGACGAGCGGAGCAGAACCGCUCGGGCCGAGCCAGCAGCCGGGGCCGGCCUCCGAGACCCUGCCUGCAGGCGCAGCUCUUGGGCUCCGGACCCGGAGAGGCCUCGGCCAACUAGACUCAACAAAAUGAAGCCAGGAUACUUUUGGCUGCAUCUUGCACUGCUUGGGGCCUCGCUGCCAGCUACGCUGGGAUGGAUGGACCCAGGAACCAGCAGAGGCCUGAACAUGGGUGUGGGGGAGUCGCAGGCAGAGGAAUCCAGAAGCUUUGAAGUCACAAGAAGAGGAGGGCUUUCUGGCCACGAUGGUCUGCCGGCCUCCUGUGGGAAGAAGUUCUGCGGCCGUGGGAGCAGGUGCAUGCCCAGCAGGGAGACGGGGCAACCUGAGUGCCGGUGCCUGGAGGCGUGCAGACCCAGCUACAUGCCCGUGUGCGGCUCCGACGGCAGGUUUUACGAGAACCACUGUGAGCUCCACCGUGCCGCCUGCCUGCUGGAGAAGAAGAUUGUCGUUGUCCACAGCAAAGACUGUUUCCUUAAAGGUGACCCAUGCACCAUGGCCGACUACGCCCGCCUGAAGAACGUCCUUCUAGCACUCCAGACCCACCUGCAGCCACUCCAAGAAGGCGACAGCAGACAAGACCCUGCCUCCCAGAAGCGCCUCCUGGUGGACUCUUUGUUUAAGGACUUGGACGCAGAUGGUGACGGCCACCUCAUCAGCUCUGAACUGGCUCAGCACGUGCUGAAGGAGCAUGACCUGGAGGAGGACGUCCUGGGGUGCUCGCCCGGUGACCUCCUCCAAUUUGAUGACUACAACAGCGACGGCUCCCUGACUCUGCCCGAGUUCCGCACCGCCUUCCAGGUGGUUCAGCUCAGCCUGGCCCCUGAGGAGAGAGUCCGCGUGACCACAGUGACCGUGGGGCUGAGCACGGUGCUGACCUGCGCUGUCCAUGGAUACCUGCGGCCACCCAUCAUCUGGAAGCGCAACGGGCUCUCCCUCAACUUCCUGGACUUGGAAGACAUCAAUGACUUCGGAGAGGACGACUCCCUCUACAUCACCAAGGUGACCACCAUCCACAUGGGCAAUUACACCUGCCAUGCCUCCGGCCAUGAGGAGCUGUUCCAGACCCACGUCCUGCAGGUGAAUGCACCACCAGUCAUCCGCGUCUACCCAGAGACCCAGGCACAGGAGCCUGGGGUGGCGGCCAGUCUGAGAUGCCACGCAGAGGGCAUUCCUAUGCCCAGAAUCACUUGGCUGAAAAACGGCAUGGAUGUCUCAACCCAGAUGUCAAAACAGCUCUCCCUUUUAGCCAAUGGGAGCGAACUCUACAUCAGUAGUGUUCGGUAUGAAGACACAGGGGCGUAUACUUGCAUCGCCAAAAAUGAAGUGGGUGUGGAUGAAGAUAUUUCCUCACUCUUCAUUGAAGACUCGGCUAGAAAGACCCUUGCAAACAUUCUUUGGCGAGAGGAAGGCCUCAGCGUGGGGAACAUGUUCUACAUCUUCUCUGACGAUGGCAUCGUCAUCCUUCAUCCUGUGGACUGUGAGAUCCAGCGGCACCUCAAACCCACGGAGAAGAUCUUCAUGAGCUACGAAGAAAUCUGUCCUCACGGGGAAGGAAAUGUUACCCAGCCAUGCCAGUGGGCAUCGGCCGUGAACGUCAGGCACCGGUACAUCUACGUGGCCCAGCCGACACUGAGCAGAGUCCUCGUGGUUGACGUGCAAGCCCAGAAAGUCCUACAGUCCAUAGGUGUGGACCCUCUGCCAGCUAAGCUGUCCUACGACAAGUCACAUGAUCAAGUGUGGGUGCUGAGCUGGGGCGAUGUGCACAAGUCCCAACCAAGCCUCCAGGUGAUCACAGAAGCCAGCACUGGCCAGGGCCAGCACCUUAUCCACACCCCCUUCAUGGGAGUGGACGAUUUCUUCAUUCCCCCAACCAACCUCAUCAUCAGCCAUGUCAGGUUCGGCUUCAUCUUCAACAAGUCAGACCCUGCAGUUCACAAAGUUGACCUGGAGACGCUGAUGCUCCUCAAGACCAUCGGCCUGCAGAGCCACGGCUGCAUGCCACAGGCCAUGGCCCACACCCACCUGGGCGGCUACUUCUUCAUUCAGUGCCGGCAGGACAGCCCCACUGCCGCCGAGCAGCAGCUGCUCAUAGACAGCGUCACGGACUCCGUGGUGGGCCACAAUGGUGACGUCACCGGCACCCCGCAUGCAUCCCCGGACGGGCGCUUUGUGGUCAGCGCUGCCGCCACCAGCCCCCAGCUGCACGUGCAGGAGAUCACACUGCAGGGGGAGAUCCAGACCCUCUACAACCUGAACAUCAGCCAGGGCAUCUCAGAUGUGGCCUUCCAGCACUCCUUCAGCCAAGGCAACCAGUACUUCGUGUACGCUACUCUGGAGACGGAGCCGGACCUGCUGUUCCUGGAGCUGUCCACGGGGAAGACGGGUGUGCUGAAGAACUUGAAGGAGCCACCCACGGGGCCAGCCCGGCCCUGGGGGGGGGCCCGCAGGAUCGUGAGGGACAGCGGGCUGUUUGGACAGUACCUCCUCACGCCAGCCCAAGAAUCACUGUUUCUCAUCAACGGAAGACAAAACGCACUGCGGUGUGAGGUGUCGGGCAUAAAGCGGGGGAAUACGGUGGUGUGGGUGGGCGAGGUAUGAGGGGCCCAGAGCAGAGCCCUGGGUCACGGAGCACCACCUAGUCGUGACACCACAGCCCCAAGCAGGCGCCCUGUACAUUUUCACAGACAAAAGCAAAAACCUGUAUUCGCUUUGUGGUUCAACACUGGUCUCCUUGCAAGUUUCCUAGUAUACGGUAUGCGCUGCUAACAAGAUUGGGGUUUUUUCAUUAGGAAGUAUGAUUUAUGCUUUGAGCUACAGUGAGAACACACGCUGCCGUGUAAAGGACUCAUGUCUGUGCCCAGCUACACGCCAUGUUCCCUGGGGACGCCGUGGAACCAAGAGCUCCUGCUUUACAGGCUGACACUGCUGUCGGCUGCCUUCACUUCGUCAUUCUCCUGAACUGCCAGAUCCAGCCAGACACCAUCCUGAUGCAGCGGCCUGAAAGGAGGCUUAGAAACACAGUUUGCCAGGAGCAGGGGUUGCCCUCCUGGCACAAGAGCCACACCUGCCCACCUCCUGGACCUUCUUGUCUCCUUUGCAGCUGCUUCUGGUUUUCUUUCAUUUGACUUGUCGUAAGCCUGGGGGAGAGCCAACAAGACUUAUUGCAUCUUAGGGGAUAGGGAAAUCACUCGCUUUAUUUUGGAAAUUUUGAUUAAAAAAUAAUUUUUUAUAAUCUCAACUGCUAGUAAGCAGAAAGACGCUCUCCAAAGUCCAGCUAUAUUCUUCCCUGCCUUAGGCCAAGUCUCUGAGAGUCACCAUCCCACACCCCACAGCCAGAAACAAGAGCGAUGGUCAUCUACACCACUGGUACGCCCCCAAGUGCAGAUCAGGCCACCACAUUGGUAGAGACUCCGUUCUGGGUUGGGACCCCAAGAGACCAGGACAAACCUUGUGUGCCUGCUUUUCACCACUAAUGGGGUACAUUUAUUAGCCAGGCCCGGUACCCUAGGUUCAGGGCACACUGGACUAGCCUGGCAAGGUGUGGCGGCCUACAGAACAGUGACCUCCAGGCGCAACACAGAAACCCCAAGGACAUGAGUGGGGUCCAGGCAGGUCCCCUAGGCCACCCCUUUUCAAAACCUAUGGCCUUUGCACUCAGCUCUGGUGUCCCCAGCCCCCGCAUCAUCACAACACAGCACAGAAAACAUUUCAGUGUUUUCUUACACAUGGGCGUCUCUUCCCCAAAAAACACAGUCUCCAAAAGUCCGAAUCAGAAGGAUGCAGGCUGGCACUGCUGCAUUAUCCCCCAGUGUCUCCAGCUAAGGUGGGCUGUCAGGAAGGCAUCAGCCACGGAUAGCCCACCGAUACUUGGGAAGGCAGCCUGUGUGGGAGGAUCUCAGCAGGGAAGGGGCUCCACUGGGCUCAGAACACCCCUCUCCUUCUCACUCAUGUCAAUGGCCAGAACCCACUUGUACGUCCUCUGCCUUGAAUUACCAUUUUUCAAGCCACCUGGAGCUGGGAGAGGUGUCCCCAUCACAGACACCUCGGCCAGCGUGGUGCCCUUCAGCUGCCUGCACAGCCAUGAUUUUCCUGUGCAGCCGAGGAAUGGCCCCUUUCAGGGAAAGGACGACACAGACCCCACCUCACUCUAAAUACACACAUCUUCUGCCCACUCCUACUUGACUGCCAACCCACCUGCCCUCUCUCUAAACUGCUUGAGGUCAGCCUGUCCAAUUGGGCACCUCCACCCAACACUUGUCCCCUGCAAUUUAAAAGGCAACAUAGAUAAAUAGAGGUUGAAGGAACUGACCUCAAAAGCCUAUAUUCAGUUUCACAAUAGCUGGAAUGGAUGGGUAACAUUUCCCACCCUCCCUUUUUAUUCCUGCCUCUGUCUCUUGGCACAUUUACUUCCAAACUCCCUCUUAUAUCACUGAAAUUCUCCAACUUUCAUGAACCUCUUCCUUUGGAAAAAUCUAAACCUUGUGGCAGCCCCUGACAGACAAGUCUGAGCCCACCUGAGGGAACCCACCAACCGCCAGGCCAGAGGAGCGGCCCUUCUGAGUGGCAGGACUCCUAAGUAGAAGACUGAUGCAAGGCCCCCUGCCACUUGACACCGAGAGUGACUUCCACAGCAUCUGUUCCUUUGCCGCUAUUCCAACCGUUUCUUAGUGUGUCUGGAAAACUUACUGGCCUCUCAUUUUCCUCACUGUGCAGCUACUGGAGAUGGCCAACUUAGGUCUCACUGCCGGCCUUCCAGACAUGAGCGAAUCGGAGCAGGGAAUCACAGGCCUGAAAACUGGGAAAUGGGCAAAUUCACAAAGGCAGUUGGUGACGGUUGUGCAACCAAUUGAACUGCUUGGGUGGGAGGCAGGGGAAAGGCUGCCUGUCCCUUCUUCCCACACUCCAGCCCCAGAAGAGGCUCAUGGAACAUGAUUUGAAAACCAGUAGUGUAGACAGUCGUUACAACAGGUUGGCCUUGAAGCAAACCCAGCCAGCAAUCCUUCUGAUGCACACAAAGGGUCAGCGAGCUACUAAUAUUUCACAUUAAAGAGGUAUUCAUUUUACCAAAAGAAUCACCAAAAAAAACCACUUACAUAAUGAAUUAUUUCAAAAUUACUGAGUUUUGAAAUAAAAUUAAUUUCACAAAAACUCAACAUAGAUUAUUUUUUCUGACUGCCAAACACAAAAGUAAUCUACACCUGUAGGGACAUUAAGGAUUUGAAAAGGAGACCUUCAUUCUCCUCCUGCCCAGGUGAGCGGAAACCCGCACGGAGGUGCAGGGCCCGAAAGCCCACCCAGCCACCCGUGGAGAGACGGUGGGAGGAGGGACUUGUCUGUGUCUGGAUGAAUGCGCAGAUGCUCUGCACAAGUAGGCCUGGGUGUGGACCGCACACAGUCGGCAAAGGCCACUGUCCCGGUCACAGCAACCUGACUCAGCCCUGCCUGGGCCUGGCCCAGGCUUCUCUCCUAAGUCUCCAAGUCAUCUGAGGCUCCUGCUCCUUCCUCCAAGCUCCCAGAAGAGCCGGAAGAGCCCUGUAAAGUCUUGGCUGGGGCCGGCCACCAACACGACGCUUCAGGCGCUUUGACACAGAGAGAUCACCAGAAACAGAGCUCGGUCCCUCCCACCCUGCCCCAGCCAGCUCCCCAGCCACAUCUCCAGCUCACCACCUCUCCACUCUUCUGUACAGAAAAGGGUUCUCAGCUCCAGGCAGGGGCCCUGGAGGACAACUCUCAACUCCAAAUAAAGCAGAGAACUGCUUGCCGCCCGAGGGCAUUGUUAACUGCUGAGUGUUCAUGUAGGAAAGCAGCCUGGAGAUGGCUUUGUGCAGCCACAACUUCUUUUCUGUUGACCAAUAACCUGUGAACUAAAUGAGAUUUCAGAAAUGAGAUGUGAAGCAGAUUCAUUCUGGAUAUAUUUUUCUACAAGGGGCUUAAGAAGUAAUCAAUUCGUUUUUCACAAUGUGUUUCCUUCAAAUACCACGGCUGCUGAACCAUGUUCAUCACCAAAUCUCGCAACGCUCCCUGCCCAAUCCUCCUCUUCGGAAGCAAGCCUCCGGGAGCGUGGACACUGCCCUGCCCUCUGCUCCACCUCCCCCUGCCUACCUCACACUCUCCGCCCUGCACCCACAUCGCAGAAACACUGCCCCACUUGCCAGACAAGUGACUUAGGAUGAAGACAAUGCUGACAUGAAGUCCUCUGCCAGCCCCUCACCCAGGACCCCAGAUCCCACUCCAGGUGCAGUCAGAGCCCAUUGGCACACAGUCCUGGCUGCCCAGAAUCACACCUCCAAAUCCCCGCUCACAGCCCUUCAGAGGUAGAGGACCAAGACUAGAAUGAACUCAGAACUGUCGGGGAAGGUGGCUAUUAUCAGACAGAAGCUGUCGGACAGGAACAGAAACAUGGCAUCUCAAAAAGCUCACCCUUUGGGGAGCCCAAGCUACACCUCCCCCCAUUCCCAUUUUAUUCUCUGCCUUGCUGGCUCCCUUCCUGUGUCUCAGGCCACCCGCUCACGAGCCACACCACAGCUCCUACAAGUCAAGGAGCAGCUGAUCUUCCUGCCCCCAAAAACCCCCAGUGGCCUUUGCCCACCCACGAUGCUUCCUUGCUUGGGGUGCAAGUGACAAGUCACUCCUAGAGCCAGAUGCUGCUAUAUGCUCCCAAACUAGCACACAGACAAAGCGCUUUCAUUCAAGGAAGUCACUAACUGCCUUGAUUUCUCAUCAAAAUCAUAGAGAUCAUAGAACAGAGAGGCUUAAAAGAUCCAAAGGAGAAAAUACAUAGUGCCUGUCCUCAAGGUGGCACUACAAGACCCCAAAUACCUGGAGGAGUGCAGCCCACAUUCUGUUUUUGUCUACACCAGAUUACCAGACAAGUCGCUCAAGGAUUUGCACAUCAUAUCUAGGCCCGCAGGCUCUAGGCACCAACCCCCCAGCCGCCCCUGGGAGUCUGCAUCUUUUGGAGCUAUGGACAGCAGUGGGAAGUUAGCCAAACACAAUGUGCCAAGUUAUGGAAAAUAUGUGGAGAAUGGGGAGUGGCCUCCCAAAUUCACAGUGAGGUCUAUCUACUUGGCACCAGCACCAGACGGUUCAGCAUGGACUUUUUUUUUGGACAAAGCCACAGUUCACACACCCCUCUUUCCAAGCUCACCUUGACUGACAUGGGACCAUCCUUUCCCCUUUGGCCCCCGAGAACGUGGGCCAUGCCCUAGAGAGCUCCGGCGGGCUUAGCCUGCACUCCACCAAGCAAUAACUAUUGACACGCCCCUACCCCAAGCCUGCUAACAUGUGGCUGUCCACAGGUCACCAUGGCAGGAGGGGGGAGCGCUGCCCUUCAGAGGCACUCUCUCCAAGGUCAGAGCUUCAAUCCUGAGGACAGUGGUCACAGGGCCCAAGAACUUUUAGAUGAGAAAAUGUCCUAAAUCCAGACCUUUACCCACUGCCCAGAGUGACAUGUGCCAAAGUUGAAGAAUGUCGGUCCCUUUCUACUUCAGCUGCUUCAGAGAGAUAAGGGACAAUGGAUCUGUAAGCCACCCACCACACACCUGCAGCACACCCUCCUAUGGGGCCCCCCGGCCCACAUUCCCCCUUUCCCCCAGCCCCCCUCACCCCCAGCUGCUCAUGCUUUCCGAAGGCCAUGUGAAAUGAUCUAAAGGCAGAACUGGGCAUGGAGUCUUGCUCGAGUGGUCACAAACAUUGCUUCAUGUUAUAGUGUAGCUGAAAGACCCUCAAGAUACGAAGUCACAUACACAUCAUUUGCCCCCUUAAGAGUCUCAUCCUCCCCCACCUCAGAAAACCUUCAGAUCUCUUAUGUCAAGACAGAUUACCCUAUUUCAAGCAGUUGUGUAGACUCCAAAAUAUAUUUUCUGCCGUAUCACCAGUAUUUCUCAAAAGGCCGCCUAUAAUUACUAUACAUGUGAAUUUUUCCUUAUUUAUAAAAUAUAUAUAAAUUAUUUUUAAUACAUCAACUUUAGUAGAAAUUUGUACCAACACAGUAACUGUACGUGGCAUUUGAAAUAAGUUUGUGUUUCCUUUGACAUAUUACACGAUAUUGAACACAGAACACACCAUGUAUUUGCAGUACCACUUGAUAUAAAGACAAUUCACAAAUUAUCACAAAAGUAUUGUCAUUGUAAAUGCUCUUUUUCUGAGGAUUUUACAAUAAAACUUGAGAAAAGUUA